CCUAUUUCAUGGAAGGAAUUUGCCAACAUCCACCCUUUUGUGCCCCUGGAUCAAGCUCAAGGGUAUCAGCAGCUUUUCAAGGAUUUAGAGAAGGACCUAUGUGAGAUUACUGGCUAUGACAAAAUCUCCUUCCAACCAAACAGUGGAGCCCAAGGAGAGUACGCAGGUUUGGCUGCAAUCAAAGCUUAUUUAAAUGCAAAAGGAGAACGUCAUAGAACUGUUUGCCUUAUUCCUAAAUCUGCUCAUGGUACAAAUCCAGCAAGUGCACAAAUGGCAGGGAUGAAGAUUCAGCCAAUUGAAGUGGAUAAAAAUGGGAGCAUUGAUAUCUCCCAUUUAAAAGCAAUGGUGGACAAGCACAAAGAGAACUUGGCAGCCAUCAUGAUCACGUACCCUUCCACCAACGGUGUGUUUGAAGAGGAGAUUGGAGAUGUGUGUGACCUGAUUCACAAACAUGGAGGCCAGGUUUACUUAGAUGGAGCAAAUAUGAAUGCCCAGGUCGGUCUGUGUCGUCCUGGAGAUUACGGCUCUGAUGUCUCUCACUUAAACCUUCACAAAACUUUUUGCAUUCCCCAUGGAGGAGGAGGACCUGGAAUGGGACCAAUUGGAGUGAAGAAACAUUUGGCUCCCUACUUGCCUACCCACCCUGUCAUCAAAAUACAGCUGGAUAAGGAUGCACGUCCUUUGGGUACUGUCAGUGCUGCACCUUGGGGUUCCAGUGCUAUAUUGCCAAUUUCAUGGGUGUAUAUCAAGACAAUGGGAGCAAAGGGUCUGAAACAUGCUUCUGAGAUUGCUAUACUGAAUGCAAACUACAUGGCAAAGAGGCUAGAGAAGCACUACAAAAUCCUUUUCAGAGGAGCACGAGGUUAUGUAGCCCAUGAAUUCAUUUUGGAUACGAGACCUUUCAAAAAAUCAGCAAACAUCGAAGCUGUAGAUCUUGCUAAGAGACUUCAGGAUUACGGUUUUCAUGCACCAACCAUGUCCUGGCCAGUGGCAGGGACGCUUAUGAUUGAACCAACGGAGUCUGAAGACAAGGCAGAGCUGGACAGAUUUUGUGAUGCAAUGAUCGGUAUUCGGCAGGAAAUCGCUGAAAUAGAGGAGGGCAGGAUGGACCCCCAAAUUAACCCACUAAAGAUGUCACCACAUACUCUGAACUGUGUCACUUCCUCCAAGUGGGAUCGUCCUUAUUCCAGAGAAGUGGCAGCAUUCCCACUGCCAUUUGUGAAGCCUGAAAGCAAGUUUUGGCCCACAAUUGCUCGCAUUGAUGACAUAUAUGGAGAUCAACAUCUGGUUUGUACCUGCCCACCAAUGGAAGCCUACGAAUCUCCCUUUUCUGAACAGAAGAGAGCAUCUUCGUAAGACUGCUUCCAGCUGCUGGGAUGUCUGAGUCCAUCAGGAUGGCCUUUUCCUCCCAGACCUGAUAGGGGAUUUAUAUACUGUGUAUAUUUUGGAUAAUCACCAUGUUUGUUAAUUGAAUCACUGCUCAGUUAAAAUGUAAAUACAAUCAAUACGUUAGGUGUAAACAAAAUGUGAUUGUUCCACAGCAGUUGAUGUUGAAGUUGCCUUGAUUCAGCAUUUUGUCUGUUCUGUCCUAAAGUUUUAACAAUUAACACGCGGUUUGCAAAGUGGCAUGGAAGACACGGUUAAAAAAAGUAGAAAAGAUGCAGAUGCAUAAGGCAAUAGUAAUGAAUAUUAACUGCAGGAGUAAUUGUUUAUAUUUUAUAAAAAAAGAUGAAGUAGAUUGUUUAAUUUACUUCACGUAUUACCACUAGCAUUGCUAGUGUUAAUAUUUCAUACUGGUUUUUUUACCUACCAAUGUUAGUACUCUAAUAAAAUUGGUAAGAAUUUUAAGUGU